AGUUAAGACGGAGAUGAGGAAUUUUUUCUGAGGGUAGUGAAUCUGUGGUAUUCUUCACUACAGAGGGCUGUCAAGGCUGAGCUGGUAAGUAUGUUCAAAGUUGAGAGAUUUUUAAUCAAAGGAAUUGAAGAUUAUGAGGAAAAAGACAGGAAAGUAUGGGGAUUAUCAGAUCAGCCAUCUGAGGAGCUGAGUGACCACCUUCUGCGUCUACAUCCUGUUGUCAUCUAAUGGUCUUAUUUUUGUGAUUAGCAUGUUAAAGGACAAACAAGCGGACUUUUUUCCUCUAUGUUUUUACUAGUACAGUGGAGAAAAUGCAGGGAUCUGUUUCUGUUGUCAGGGAUCGAUUGGCAAAUGAAACUGCCCCCAGCAGGCCAUCCUCCAGCUUCAAAACUUUUCUCUGACAGGGAGCUACACUUCAAUACCUCUCUGGCCAACCUUCUGGUAUUGCGGGGGAAGGAGGUAUUGCAAGCUGACACUGAUGGUUUUAAAGAGCAAGCACUGUACACCACCUGGAUGCCUGCUGAUUCUGCCCUCAGCAUAUGGAGAACUUCCAGAACUUUUAACAAGUAUGAAAAAUCAGCAACUGUUGUCAGCAACAGCCAGUGUCUACAGAAACCCCUGGACAGCACUGUGGCAAAAGCUUGGGACAUGUUUGCUUCACGAGCAUAUGUGCAUCAGUACAUGAAACAUGGAAUCUCAGAAGAGGACUUUCUGGAUUGUUUCACAACCGUAGAACAGAUCAUUGCAAGUUAUUCUAGCCUUGGAUAAUAGAUCUUGUAUGAUCUGAAUUCUGUAAAUUGUGUAUAAUCAUGUAUAAACAGUGUGUGAGCUAGGCACAUUUACCUGCUCCUUGUGACUCAGUAGAGGAUUCUAGAAUAGCUUGACUCACCCACAACUCAUGAUUGCUUCAGUCUGUAAUAAUUAAAAGCCAUUGAAGCUUCUGAAUGGA